AUGAUUUCGGUCAGUGGCAACAACGAUGAUCACGACCAAGCCACUAACAUCAACACCGUCGAACCAGUCCAGCUUGCAGACGAAGGCAGACGAUGUUCCUGGCGUGUGGCCAUGCCCGCCGAGCGUCUUGCCAGCCUGCGGCCUGGAGAUAUGUUGGAGUCGCCGACUUUUACCCUCCCUGGCGGCUGCAGAGGCCGAUUCCAGCUCUUUCCCAAGGGCGAGACAGACGAGAUGGAGCCUGGCCACUGCUCGCUGUGGUUAUGUGCAGAUGCCCCUGUGCUAGAGAACAUCCGAUUACGGCUCGGAAGCGUAGAGGCAUCGCGCGGAAGUGCGACCUUCUGCCGGCUGGAGGAUGCUCUCCAGGGCGAUGUCAUGGAUCUUUCCCUGGAGUUAGACACGGCGGAGGCGGCUGCGCAAGCCCCUCCGGAGGUGGAGCAGAGACUGCUAAUAAGCGAUCUUCAGUAUGCCGAGUGGCAGCUUUUUCAAGCCGGGCGCAUCGACGAAAAAGCUCGCGUCAAUGGCAGCGGCUUUGUUAGCAGUCCGCCUUUCCGCUUCCACCAUGUACUUCUAGGCGACAUGUACCUAGAGCUGAUACCGGACGUGCCGAACAAAGAUUUGUGCGCGGUGAUGUUCCGGUGUCGGGUGCCGGGCUUGUCCAUGAAGGUGUCGUUGAGCAUAGGCACCGCAUUUUCCAAGACGCUGAUGUCACAGGGCACAGCGACGAUCCAGGAAGACUUGGUCGCUGGCCAGUAUCUGCAGGUGAACCUGAGAGCGCCGGGUGUCCUGGCCGAGGAUGGUUCGCUCACGGUGCAGUGCGCACUGGACCAGGUGGUCAGUAUGCCGAGACAGCUGGAGGAGAUGAUUCCACGCCUUGACGAGCGAGUCAACUGGCCAAAGCGAAUCUGA